AUGGAAGAUGAGGAUGUUAUAGUGUGCCCCGUGUGCUUACUCGGGUUUGAUGUACACAAUAAAACAUUGCCUAGAGAACAAUUGCCCCAUCGAUUAAAGUGCUCACAUUGCUUCCAUAAAGAUUGUAUCGAGAUUUGGAUAAGAACAAAGGGAACAUGUCCAACAUGUCAACAGCGAUGUACGAUUGAUGAUCUUCAAUAUGAUCAUCUAGUCACUGAGUUACUAAAGAAGUUGACAAAGUUAUCUGUACAAUCUACAACACCAACUACAACAACUACUACACCUACACCUACACCAACAACGACGACACAACAACAACAUAUAGUAUUACCGACAACACAUCAACAAUCAAUACCAAACAUUCCAAGUACAUUAUACAGACCUCCACAACAAUAUAUACCUCCAACAUAUCAACAUCCACCUUUACAACAUCAAAACCCUACAUCAAGGAUCAAUGGCAGCGUUAACAACAUGGUCAGCAACAGCAGCAGCUCGGUUGAUCCACAGACACGAGUUUCAAAGCUCAAUCAAUCAAUUGCACUCUACAGCAGCACUGUACCUCAAUCAACCGCGGUCAAUAGCAACAACAACAAUGCAAGAGCGACAACAACAACCACGACGCCAACGACUACGGCAUCUAAACAACCUCAUAUUCAUGUGUUGAAUAGGACCAACCCAGGCCAGGCGUAUCCUGGCCACAAGGACUGGCGCUGCGACUACAGCAUGAAGGGAACGGGCGCCAGCUACAUGUACCAUUGCGUCAAGUGCGGUAACUUUGACCUGUGCUCAGACUGCUGCCAGCGCAGUGGCACAGAGACCAACCCCCCAAUCAAUCCAUUCGGACAGCUGGUCAAGCUGCCUCGUCUGCACUCGCACGAGCUCACUCUUAUGCUGCCUCGCGACGUCUAUGGCAACAAUGCCGGAUGUGACGUAUGCAAGGCACAGAUAUCCAACUACGCCUAUCACUGCACCACCUGUCGCAACUAUGACAUCUGUUCCAAGUGUUACAACAAGCAGUCCGAUGUACAGACAAUAAUGCAGCCAUUCAUCUAUCCUGAUCAGAUCACAUGGGAUCGCACAGGUCAUGCCAUCUACAAAAGAUAUUCAAGUCCUGUCGAAGUAUACGCUUCUCCGGCCUGGACUUGCGACGCUUGCCACAAGACCAAGGGCGUUGCGGAUGGAAUCUAUCACUCUGAGCUCAACUUGGAUGUUUGUCUUACAUGUUACAAGGAUAAGAUGUCCUUGUUGUUUCCACAU